AUGUUCCUCAAUCCACAAAUCACACGAGCAACAAUACCACCAGGAAGUCUUCUCAUCACGUCACAGGCAAAUCUUCUCAGUCUCUUCGCUAUCAGGGAAUUUCAGCACAAUCGGUUUCAAGAUCAAUACCUCCACAAACAAGUUCAUUCAAAAGAAAAUGAACCUAAAAUUAAUAACAUUACAAUCGGUGCUGUCACCUUGUCCGAAUUGAAAAUGAUGUCUAAUUCGCAGACAUUUUCAACGGUUCGGUCCAUGUCCGAAGUUUUCGAGCAUUAUUGGAGAGAGGAUUUAGGCCAUAUACUUAUUCUUCGUCAUGGUGGUGGUGAUGGUAAUGAUGGCGAUAGUAGAACUGCCAAGAAGCCUGGAGAGAAGUCUAGAGGUAAUGGCAAGGUAAUAGCCAGAGAAAAUAGACGGGUUUCAAAUCUCAUCGUCCCUAAGAUGCAAUUCUCCCACCAUCUUGCACCAACACCCUUUCCAGGUCUUCCCAUUUCCAAUUCUUCGCUCAUUCGUCGUUCCUCUUCAAUACACCUCCUACAAUCCACAAUCUCCUGGCCACCUGCUUUAGGAAGUGAUGUUGGUUGCCGUUAG